GUUCAUCUCGCAGACACAAGCGUUGUUUUUUGGCUAAGAACCUCCUUUUCUCUCUUGUACCGACAGUGCUAGGCCAGUUGCUCACAAUCCUGUGAUCACAAGUUCGAGACUGUCUUUUCACAACAAGAAUCUUUUUUUUUCUCUUCAUCCAUCACAUCUCUUGCCUUCACCUUCUCAACGUUUGUCGUCCAUCCACCUCUCUCUCCCAACCUUCAAGAUCCCUCACUGCUCUCAGACUACCUCCACAGCAUCUAACAAAGUACCUCCAUCUCUUCAUCAGACAACUUCCCUUCGACCCCUCUCCUCUACAAUGAUCAACCUUGCAGACUUUGUGUGCACAGAACAGCAACAGCAGCAACAAGAGCCACUCUCUCUCACCACGACAGCCCUCACACUCAACAGUGACUCACGAAGAUUAACAACGUUCCUUAACCAAGAGGAGAGAUUCAUGCCCAACAAUUACCAGACGACUAAGCAAGUGCGGAACUACGAAGAAGAAAGAGCUCGGGUACUGGAACUUAUCUAUGAGACAAUUUUUCCUGAACCUCAACCGAGAAAAAGCGAUGUAUUUCACCUGGCAGCCAACCUUAUAGACCGUUACCUUGGUUACUACCCUCCGUCAACAGAAGGAGAAUUCCGUACAGUUGCAUCGGCCUGCACCAUGAUCAGCGUCAAGUUAAGGCGGUCCAGAGAAGAAGCACUCAGCUAUGACUCGUUACGACCUCACUUCUACGACAUAUCAGAGAAAGAAGUCAGAGAAACAGAAAAGAAGAUUGCACGAACUCUAAAGUGGGAUCUGAAUGCCAUAACAACAGCGGACUUUAUUGAGGAGAUAGCAGAGAGACUGGCGGACAUCUUACCACAGGACCAUGUCGAUAAGAUCGUAUGCCACACCCACACCAUCGCUAACGUCUGUCUACUCUAUCGCAGUUUCAUGAAUGUGCCCCCCUCGUUAGUGGCAUGUGCCUGUCUCUGUGACGCCAUCUCCCACUGUGCCACUAGGGAAGUGUACGAACAAUGCGUCACCAGCAUCACACAGCUGGCUGGAAUAGAACAGGAGAUAUUGCUUCAACAUCAGAAGAACGUAAACGAAGUGUUUUGUAAGAGAGUGGAGCAAAGCAAGGAGGAGCAGGAGCAAUACACACCCAGCGAUAUAGAGGCCAUUAACGAUAUCGAGUUCGGCCAGGGGAGAUUUGUGUACGACCCCCCAGCAGCAUUGACCCCCCAGGAAGCCUGUUAAACCACACCCCCUCCACUAGGCUCAUAAUCUCCGAUAAUCCGAUAUUGAACUUCUUUUCGUUUGUAAAUGUAUAGACAAUUUUUGGCAAUUGUUGGCAGCGGAUGCCUUCCCUUCACCACUAGACUAGGAGACCAUUUGGCAAUUUUGGACUUUUUUCGUUUGGCAUAUUCGACAUGUUUUGUUUGGCAUAUAAUUAUGUAUAAACUAUUCUAAUUAUAAGAAGGAACUUAACGCUCUCUGACUCUCAUCAUCUUGUGUGCCCUUCUUUUUAACUCAUUUUAUUGUUUGAUUGUUUUACGACAUUAUCUGUUGUACAGUUGAUUUAUGAUUUAUGUACAUUAUUAUAUUAUUAUUAGGUUUUCGCAUAAUUAUUUGAACUGA